GUGCCGGGGGUCUGCUCGCGGCGCCUGCGGUCCUGGUCACUCUUUUAAAGCUGUAGUUUUAUGCAUGUUUUUCUUGGUGUUGCACACGUAUAUGUGUCAAAGCGAUGCAGUCGACGUUUCGACGGAUGGAGACAGCAAGGGGGACCUGGACAGGGUUAAGGACCUUUGCUGCAAAGCCUGGGGAAUGUCCUGAAACCAUAAAYGCUGGAAUUAAAAGUCUGUGUUUGACUCCUACCAUAAAACUGAAAUCAAAUAUGUGCAUUGAGAGCAUGCCGUCAGAAAUGCUGCUGGAGAUAUUUUCCUAUUUAGAUGCUGUGUCCCUGUUGGCUGUUGGUUGUGUGAAUAAGCGCUUCUAUGACCUGGCCAAUGACAACGGAAUUUGGCUGAAACUCUAUUCCAGUUCUUUGCAACCAAAAUGGACAAUUUGGAAAAUGUCAUCUAAACAAACAGAAACUGUUUCUUUGGGCUGUGCUGCUCUACAUGAUGAAAAGCCUGGAUACUGGAAGAAAGAAUACAUCUUCAAACAAACAUCUGUCUUCAAAUCUAGAAUAAUGCGGCUUGUUAAACUUCUAGAUCCUUAUACAGGUCUUCCAUGUAAAAACAAAGAAGCCAUGAAAGUCUCUGGCUUGAGUUGGAUAAUUGUUCUAAAGGACAGAAAUGGAAAAGAGCAUAUAAUUGAGAAGCCAAACCUAUCAUUUAAGGACACAUCUGUUACCAUACUUUGGUAUGGUGCRGUCUGGCCGUGCUUAGACAUCCUGUCAACCCUAAAACUAUUUGGAGUUACACCGUUGCUUCCUGACCAAAGCAGACCUCCCAGCAAGAAUAGACCUCGUCGAUUUUCCUUGAUUGCUGAAUACCAUCUUGCUAACCUGACUGAAAGUAGUGUAACAGUUGGUGCUGAUGAGCUUGUCCAGCUCUUCAGUCUGAAUCCAGGACUCUUAGUAGGAAUUUGGAAGGAGAAAAAUGAAAUUGCUUUUGUUAUGGCGAGUCUUCAUUAUAAUCAACUCCUUGAGAGAAGCAUUUUGGGUUCUGCUACUGUUCAAUAUGCCCCUCCAGCUAAUAAACCUUUACUGGAUGAUAUUGACCCAGAAUAUGGACUGCAUGAUUACAGUCUGCAUCUAGAUCUGCAUGGCAGAAGCUGCAGGUACCUGUGUGGAACAUUCAAGGGCCUCUUCUGCAGAAAAGGUGACAUUGAAAAUGGAUACCUGAGGCUCACAGUUGUAAGCUUAAAGGAUAAUAGGAAGCACUUGCCUAUUAUUGGGACACUUGGCAUAUGCUGGGAAACAGAUGUGUUUAAAGGCAGUGUAAAGGACUGCUUCAUGAUGGAUUUGACUCUGUUGGAUGAAACUGGRAAGCCCUUCUGGUGUUUUAGUGCUCCAGUCCACAUGGAAUUGUCUUCCAAGGCAUCUGGCCUUUUUGACUACAUGGGUCAUAUCUAUACUGCAGACUAUGCAGAUUCAGAGGGCAAAGUCUGUGUUGAGUUUGUAAGGUUGGAAGAAACCAAGGAAUAUAUCAUAGUCAGUUUGGUGMUUUAUGUAAGCACCAUAAAGGUAAAUAGCUGGUAUGGAACAAAUUACUGAUUUCAUUAGUUGCURAUUUCCUUGCUGCAAAAACCAAACCAAACAAACUCUCCCCUCCCCCCCRCAAAAAAAACAAAACAAACCCACAAUAAACCUCUGAUGCUUCAAGGAAGACUGUUCCUGCAAGUUUUUUGGUCGCAAGUGUAGUUGUAUAAUUUUUUUUAAUGGACAAUUGAGGGAUCAGAGAGAUGUAUUGAUAUAAAUUAGGGUUUUUCUUUGUUGAAUAUCCCAUGGUUAGUCUGUUUCUGAUACUGGGUAUAGAGAAAUUAUUUUUAGGAAGAUUUUUUUCUUAUAGACACUUGUUACUAUGGUUAAGGAAUUGCUGCUUUGGAGGACCAUACUGUGAAGAUGCCUUACCUUACAUAAGCUGCACUGUUUUUGAGAACAUUUACUUUUAUGCCUAGUAAUAAAACAGCAUGUAUUCUGUUCCUUCCGGGUUUGUUGGUAAAUGACAGGUUUUAUUAAAUGAUUUUUGUUAAGUACUUUAUCUUUCUUCACUUUUUCCAGAAAAUACUUCACUUGUAUAUAUUUUAAUAAAGGAUUGAAAAGGUAGAUGUGAAGUCAGAUCUGAAAAAUGUCUGUYGAGGUAUUUGUUAAGAAAGUCAUGUGUAAUAUCUGUUUAUGACACUUCUUUAAAUUCCUGUUUGUUCUGUUUUCCCGUGUUCUAACCUUCUGUCUGAUUUGAGCCUCGAUAUUUGCCUCAUGUAUUGGCCURUGAAUAAGUGUCCCAAUUAUCAGCCAACCCGAGCUGAUGUCUGAUCUUACUGAAUGUAUGUAACAUUCAGUUUUUUCAGAAACAAUGCAUAUCUGAUACUGUUUAUCUAACAAUACAUAUUCAUAUAAAAAUUGAAUGUAUGUGCCUGAUCUUUGCAGUUCCUUGGAGUAAUGUCAGAACCAAAUUUUCUACUUCCUGUAUUAAAAAAAAAAAAGAAAAAGUGCCAUUGGGACUCUGGUGUCUUUACAUAGCGAGGACAGUUACAUUGUUGACUGCUUUGACUUCAUUAUGGUAGUGUUUUCCUUAAUAAAAAGAAAUUMUCUCUUCUGUAUUUCUUUAC